AUGACGGCACUUCGGAGAGCCAUCUCUUUCAAUGCCUCCGCCCUUGCGGCGCGACAGGCUCGAACCUCGAUUACACGCUCACGAUUGCUGUUGGCAUCUAGUACUCAGUUCCGUACCUACACCCUGUCCAGCCCCCGACGGCAACAGGCCUUCCAGUCGCAAAUCGAUGGCACUCCCAGAUCAUCUGUCCUCCAGUCCUCUCUGGGCGCCGCUCCGGCCAACCCGCAGACACUUACCGAGAAGAUUGUACAACUUCACGCAGAUGGCCUUCUCGAAGGGAGAAGAGUCAAGGCUGGAGAUUAUAUUACGUUGCGGCCCCAUAAGAGCAUGACGCACGAUAAUUCAUGGCCGGUCAUUACAAAGUACAUGGAAAUGGGUGCCACCUCGGUCAAGGAUAACCGCCAGGUCGUCAUGACGCUUGAUCAUGACGUUCAGAAUAACUCUGAACAAAAUCUACGCAAAUACCGCUUGAUCGAAGAGUUUGCCAACACGCACGGCAUCGACUUUUACCCCGCUAAACACGGAAUUGGGCACCAAAUUAUGAUUGAAGAAGGCUAUGCCUGGCCAGGAACCGUCAGUGUUGCCAGUGAUAGUCACUCGAACAUGUACGGUGGUAUUGGGUGUCUCGGCACAGCCAUCGUCCGCUCAGACGCUGCAAGUGUCCUGGCAACCUCGACGGUGUUCUGGCAAAUCCCCCCGACCGUGAAAAUCACUUUCACGGGCGUCCUGCCUCCGGGGGUCACAGGCAAAGACACAAUCAUAGCCCUAUGCGCUUUGCUUAAUAAAGAUGACGUGCUCAACAUGUGCGUGGAGUUCACUGGGUCUGAGCAGACUCUGGCAAGCAUUCCAAUUUCCGAACGCUUGACAAUCGCCAACAUGACUACCGAAUGGGGCGCGCUAUCAGGAUUAUUCCCUGUUGAUGACAAGCUCAUCUCAUGGUACCGCGCCAGAGCCACACUCGCAGCCAUGUCUAACAGUCCUACCAAGGAUCGGAUAAAUCACGAGCGGAUUGAUAAGCUUUUGGAGAACCCCAUGGUUGCUGAUCCUGGUGCUAAAUAUGCCAAGGAAUUCUAUUUCAACCUAUCCACCCUCUCACCCUUUGUUGCUGGUCCCAACUCUGUCAAGGUUGCCAACCCUGUUAAGAACCUCGAGGCUCAGGAUAUCGCUGUAGACAAGGCGUAUCUUCUGAGUUGCACCAACGGUAGAAGUGAGGAUUUCGCUGCUGCUGCUCGUGUAUUCCGGGAGGCUGGUAAGGAUGGCAAGCCUGCCAAGGUUCAUCCUCGCGUCAAGUUCUAUCUUGCACCUGCGUCUUUGGCUGAACAGAAGAUGGCGGAAGACGCGGGAGACUGGCAGGUUCUCGAGCAAUCGGGGGCUCAGCUACUCCCAGCUGGCUGUGGUCCUUGCAUUGGUCUAGGUACCGGCUUACUUGAGGAAGGCGAGGUGGGUAUUUCCGCGAGCAACAGAAACUAUAAAGGCCGCAUGGGAAGUCCCAAGGCACUGUGUUAUCUCGCCAGCCCCGAGGUCGUCGCAGCCAGUGCUAUUCAGGGUAAAAUUGCUAGCCCUGGCUGGUACCAAAAGCCCGAGGGCGUCGAGAAAGUAGUCUUUGGUGAGGGGAGCGGUGACUUUGUUGCCGACAAAGCUCGCGCCGUUGGAGAUGCCUUUGACAAAAUCCUUGGUGAGAUGGAGAGCUUGAUUGGCGCUGCUGAAGGCGCUGCUGAGGAAUCGGCAAGCCCAGCGGCCACUGAAGAAGAGACAUUGACCACCGUCGUCCCGGGCUUCCCCGAGAGGAUUGAAGGCGAAAUCGUUUUCUGCGAUAAUGACAACAUCAACACUGAUGGCAUCUACCCAGGGAAAUACACUUACCAGGAUGGCAUGACCACAGAGCAAAUGGCCAAGGUGUGCAUGGAGAACUACGAUACCGAGUUUGGCAACAUUAUCAAGCCGAAUGAUGUUCUGGUAACCGGAUUUAACUUUGGGUGUGGAAGCUCCCGAGAGCAGGCAGCCACAUCUAUCCUAGCCAAGCAGAUUCCUCUCGUGGUUGCAGGUAGCUUCGGCAACAUCUUCGGUCGCAACAGUAUCAACAACGCUCUUCUUGGAAUUGAAAUCCCGAAGCUGAUUGAGCGGCUUCGUGAAGCGUACAAGGAUGACGCGGAGAAGCCUCUAACUCGUCGCACGGGCUGGAAGCUGCUGUGGGACGUCCGCCGAUCUAAAGUCACCAUUACGGAGCAAGAUGGCUCUUCCUGGGAGCAAAAAGUUGGAGAGAUGCCUCCCAGUGUUCAAGAGAUUGUCGCCAAGGGAGGUGUGGUGAAGUGGGUGCAGUCGAAAAUGCAGGCUUAA